AUGCUCCGCGAGCAGCUUCACCUGAAACUUGGUGAUCACCGCAAGAAUCGUACUGACAAUCCUCCAGCUAUAACCGAGGUCGCUAGCGAUAGCAGUGAAAGCAGUGACGGUAGCGAAUCGGACGACCAGGAGUGGCCUAUAAAGGGCAUCCUGCGUGAAACAUCAACCGAGUACCUUAUAGAUUGGGAGGGACCUUACGAGCCAACUUGGGAACCCAAAGAGAACGCCAGUGCCGCUGCUGUAGAGGCUUGGAAUAGAAAACGGAAAACUACACGCGAGAGGACAUCUCUGAGCCGUCUUGCUUCGGAAGGAACAUGCGAAACCGGUUCAUCCGUAUCUUCCCUCUCGGAAACGCCCAGCGACCCAACGGACAGCCAGCACACCAACAUUAAAUCCGAGAUCGACCAGAGUGACACUGACCAGAGUGACACUGAAUCAAUCGCUUCAUCGGCGCUAUUCGUGCAUCAAGACAACCUCCCAGAUAUAGUAUCAUCGCUCAAGACCGAAUACGUUGAAGCCUCGGGCUGUUCUCUUGCAUCCAUCUCAUCAUACUCAGAGUCCUCGACGAGGUAUCGCUCGCAGGACAACGACGCUGCAGCAUUUGAAUACGUUCCUGAGACCCCUAGCCCACCUGCAUAUCUGCGACCAGGUGAGUUGGACGAAGCCACUGCGUCUGAUGCGUCGGGGCGUGGGCCAGCUGGUAGUUCGCAGCCUCAUCCCGUUAGUCCAUGCUCAUUGCCUGAACAAUAUUUUGCAGGAAAUCACGAAGUGAGCCUUGGAUCUUCAUACCCUGCAUCGCCUGGUCUCGGACUGUGCUCCGGCGUGUCCGAGAUUACCGCUGCCAGCAAUCGUCGACUCAACCGCGAUCCGGCUUCACAACCUGUCGACCUGCUUGGUCCCAUUAUUGGAGGUACUUUACGUUUGUCAUAUGGAAUCUCACACUUUUCUCAUAACUUGCCAGAUUCCGGUCUCGUCCACUGGACUUGUGGUGACUCCAUCCCAGAAACUAUCCUCCCGACCUUGUCACAAAACUCAGGCGACCUGGUUUUGGAAGGAUCUAUCCAGUCAAUACAUCCAAUUCCAGGCUCCCCGAUUGCAAUCUCGUCAGACCAGAUCAUGGAGGACAAAGAAGUCGAUCCGCCUGGCCACCCUGUUGCUGAUGGUUCACGGGAGCAAUACGGCGAUUUGUCGACACCAGCUUCGAAAGAAAAAAUGCACAAUACCUGGGGCCAGCUCAGUGUAGAGGCUCAUGCCGUGGAGACCCCAUCUUCUAUGGAUGACAUCGAGGCCUCUGUUCCUCCGCCUGUCCCCGAAACGACUGCCCCUCUCAGUGUCAGAGCAGAUCCAGAUCUCUUUGCGCAUCCUCAUAUCGCGGUUCAUCAUGGCCAUUCCGAGCCACUCCUGCCACCCUCGGAGCUAGCUCACGCGGAUCAAGGGGGUCAACCAUCUUUCCAAACCAUCCAUCCUGGCGCGUUGACCGUCACUGGCACGGAGGAAGUAACACCUGGUGCAGUGAACCUUGGGCCAUCUGAAUUUGCUAUUACUCUCCCAAUGGAUUCUCGAGUGAAAGAUGACUACGAACGUGUUAUUACUGACGCCGCAACAUGCAUUCGGCAAUUCUUUGAUAGUUUUCAACCAAGCUCACAGAUCUCUGAACUUGAGCGAGCGGCUAUACACACAGAAAUGCGGCAGGUUAUCGACCGUUUGAGCAACGUUUCGACUCAUCCCGAUUUGAAUAUUUCAGAUCAUCUAAAGGAUCCUGACCGUAACCUUGAGAAACAGGCGUCCUGGGCCGAGUACUCUAGCGCAAAAUUCCUCUUCCUUGGUCAUCUCAUAGAGAUAGCAGGUGCCCACGAGCUUCAUAUUAUUCUGGCUGUCCAAAACCAGAAGAAACAGGCAAUACUUGAGCGUUAUCUGAAAGGCAAGGGCUUUUUAUACACCCGACCCCGCGAAAAUAUGGGGAGCGAUUUGGAGGUCUCCCUCGUAAAAGGGUCGAUCAGCUUCGGAAUUCAUCCGAGUGAAAGCCCCCGUGAGCUCUACAAACCGCCGUGUGCCAUAUUCGCUUUGGAUUCAUACUUUAGCCCAAAAAGUCCAUCCGUGCAGCACAUUCGAACCACUUAUGCCCGGAAUGGAAGCUUGCUUCCCGUUAUCUGGUUCCUUGUCGCUAAGACAACUGAGCAUAUCGAGCGCUGUCUGCCCGAUGGGCCUGAGCCAGAUCGAUUGCGUUUGCUUGCUCAUUACGUCGCCCGUUUCCAUGAUGAGGUUGGGGAUCUCCAGGAUGAUGCUCUCGGCGUGCAUGAAGAUGCAGAAGAAAUCCUUGGAUACUUGUUGGAUAGUGUUGCUGGAUGGCCACUUCCCCCAAUCGAGCCUCUACGAUUCGUCUCCUUGGAGGAUUUGGAAUGCUACAGCCCUGGUGAGGCAAUGGUAGCGGCUCAGAAGCGCGCACUGGAUGAGGAACCAGGAAACCAGUCUUCGAAGCGUGCCCGAGUGGAUACUCAGACAGACACCCAACCGACUGCAUCCACCAGUGCCCCUGGCCAGACAUUGGACCUUGAUUUGAAAUCACUGGAAAAACAUCUUCUCCAAAUGAAAAGCGUUCAUGCAGCCGAAAAAGGUCAGCUGGAGGCUGAGCUUGCCCGGGUCAAUGCACGGUGUCACGAACUAGAGCAUGCACUAAGCCGGCUACAAUAUCGCUACGAGGAUCGGACCAAGGAACUUCAUGUCACUCGCCAGAAGAGUGAUAGCGUAGCCGAAAAGUCGAAAUCCCUUGAGCAGCGGUUUGAGAAGCAGAAAGAGACUAUAUCCACUUUGAAAGAAGAGCGCUCGGAUCUGAAACGCGAGCUCGAUGAGGCGAGACAAGCACUGAAAGACGGCGGCGGCAGUCCCGCUGAAUUGGAGGCAGCCCGCGAAGAAAUCCGUCGUCUUCAAAAAGAGAACUUGGACCUUGUGCGCAAGGCUGACUAUGAGAGGCAUCAGUCGGAGUACACUCGGGAGCAGUAUCAAAACGCAUCAUCGGCGGCCGCUCAAUCUGGCACAGAAAAUCGCCAGUUGGUCGCUGAUAACGAAGCCCUGAAGCGCAAGGCCGACACCAACAUUACCAAACUUCGUGAAAUGCACGUGAGCGAAGAAUCUGUGCGUAAUAUUGCUCGCAUUGAAGAGUUGGAGACAAUCCUUGCUACGCGUGACGAGUUCCUCCGCAGAAGAGAGGACGAACUUCGUGAAAUUCGGAAGAACCGUCCUUCUACUCGCUCGACUAGCACCCAGCCACGCAGCCCCAAGUGGGCUGCCAGCAGCCGUCCGACCAGUCCUGGAGUUGUGCACAAUGGCAACGGCAAUGGUGCCAUUGGGGGCAGGGGCAGUGCGCUACGAUACAGCUCGGAGAUGCCUUUCUGA